CGGUGGUGGUGGAGGGUUACAACAACGGUCUUGGUGCCACGCCGCCCAUGGGAUGGUCAACAUGGUGCACGGAUGAUCCGUUCUGUGCCUUUGAUACCUGCGACGAAGUGGAGGUGCGGUCGAUUGCUGAUGCUCUAGUCGACUCGGGUCUCUCCAAGCUUGGCUACACUACCAUUUUGCUCGACGACUGCUGGGCUGACUUCAACCGGACGGCUGAAGGCAAGCUCCAGCCGCUGCCCAAGACCUUUCCGUCCGGUAUUCCGGCUCUGGUUCGCUACCUCGGUGAUCGCGGGCUGGGACUUGGCCUUUACACCGAUGUGGGAACGACGACAUGCCGCAAGGGCCGGCCCGGAUCGUACGGGCACUACGAAACUGAUGCAGCGACGUUUGCAGAGUGGGGUCUCUCGUACGUCAAGAUCGACAACUGCGCACGGCCGGGCGGGAAGACCGAGGUCGAGCUGUACUCGGCGUUUUCUGCGGCGCUCAACGCAACGGGCCACCCGAUGUACAUCGGGAUGUGCGAGUGGGGCGACAACCACCCGGAGGAGUGGGCACCGGCGAUUGUGCAGGGCUACCGGGUGCAGCAAGACCAUCUCCCGUUUGCCAAGUUUCCGCCGCUCGCCGCCGGAGCCGGGCUCGGGCAAGGCGUGGUCGACGUCAUCGAAUACAUGGCGUACCUACAGCCGUCGCGGCAUGUGGCGCCGUACGCGUGGAUGGAUCCGGACUUUCUCAUGACCAUGUACGAGCCGACAAUGCCACGUGGAGUGUCGCGGAUGGAGUUCUCCAUGUGGGCCAUGUGGAGUGCGCCGCUCAUUACCGCCACCGACGUCCGGCACAUGUCGCACGACAAGCGCGAGAUCCUGACGAACACCGAGGUCCUUGCCAUCCAUUCGGACCCGCUCUGGCAUGCCGCUGAUCUGGUGGCCAACGUCUCGGGCGGGCAUGUGUGGGCGCGGCCGCUCGCAGACGGCGACAUCGCCGUUGCACUCCUCAACUUUCACGACUUUCUCCCGCGCAUCCUCAAGUUUGACUUUGCCGCCGUCGGCUGGCCGGCCGGUCAAUCCGCAGAGCUCCGCGAUCUCUGGGCCCACGCCUCGCUCGGCGUGCAUUCAACCGGCUACGCCCAUACCGUUGGCCCGCUCGAUCUGCUGCUGGUGCGAAUGAGCAAGGCGCAGAGGUGAACAGACUUGAUGCUUACACUACAUACUGACGUUGGAA